CAUCGCGCGUCAGCAGCUGCUGUCAUGAAGCACUGGUGGCGGACUGGAGCGACCUUGGUCGUGGGAGCGGGACUCGGGGCGUCCCUGACCCGCCUGCUGGGCGCCGGAGGCCGGCAGGAAGACCAGCGGAGCCUCGGUCUGCUGAGCGCGGUGCCGGUCCUGCCGGCCCCGGGUCCGCUGGGGCUGGUCGGGGUUCCGACGCUGCAGGCCUCCGAGAUGACGUCUGCCGUUGUCCAGGUGAGCGCGGGCGGCUCAGGGGCGGUGAUGAAGUACGGAUUCCCCUCGAUGGCCAACAUCAAGACCAGGGAGUCCUACGUGACCUCGUAUGACCCCCGGACACGCACUGCAUCGUGGGUCAUAGAGAGACUGAGCCCGGCCUCCCUGACAGGCUCCUCUGACAGGAAGUUCAGCGAGUUCAAAGAGGAUGACAGCGUUCACAUGUUCCACAGAGCCACCAAUGGCGACUACAGAGGGAGUGGCUUUGACAGAGGUCACCUGGCGGCUGCAGCCAAUCACAAAUGGAGUCAGAAAGCCAUGGACGACACCUUUUACCUCAGCAACGUGGCCCCACAGAACCCUCACCUGAACCAGAACACCUGGAACAACUUGGAGAAGCUCUGCCGCUCUCUGACCAAGCGCUACCUGAAUGUCUAUGUGUGCACGGGUCCCCUAUACCUGCCCAGGCAGGAAGCCGACGGGAAACUCUACGUCCGGUACCAGGUCAUUGGAAAAAACCACGUGGCCGUACCGACACACUUCUUCAAGGUGCUCAUCCUGGAGCAGGCGGAGGGCAGAGGGGUGGAGCUCCGGUCCUACGUUUUACCCAAUCAACCCGUCGAUGACAAGGUUCCUCUGGAAAACUUCUUGGUUCCCAUAGAAACCAUCGAGCGAGCAUCAGGGCUCCUGUUCGUCCCCAACAUCAUGAGGAGGACGAGCAACCUCAGUGCCAUCACUAACAAAUGAACUACACCUCCCACAAUCCCCUGCUGCCAGACUACAGUCGUCAUGUACUAAUAAAAAUGUAUGUACUUUAACCUCAUUAAAUGAUCUCAGGAACCUCAGUUUGGUGUUAAAUUGUUGGGCAUACCAUUGGUGAUUGAUCUGACCAAUACUUCUGAUGGGUUCAGAUGGAAGG